UUUAGUAUUGUUAUCUAACAUUGCAUUCAAUGUAAACUCUAUAAUACGAUAUUAUUAUUAGUGUAUAAAACAAACAAACAAUAACAUUGACUAAUAUAACACGUGUUGUUGUUUUCAAUCACACAUGUAUUGUUGAGUGACAGACCAGUGUAGUGACCGAUGUUUAUGUGACCACAGAUAAGACAUUUGAGAGACAGUUUUCAGAGAGAGAGAGAGAAGUCAUGGACAUCGACCGUAUCUAUCAGCUGAUGGGCGCCGGAGCUAAACGAUUGUACGGCUAUUUUGUUAGACGGCCUGUCCAACGAUGGAAUGUCGACAAUCGGGCCGAACGGGCSAUUGAACGGCAACGGGAGAUACCGAAAGUKGCGCCGCGUCACGAUGGCACUGCCGAACUGUUCCGAACGUUGGCCACAAGUAAUCCCGAAGUAAAACGAUUGCACGACAAAAGUAAUGAUCUAUUGAAUCGGAUGUCRACRUUCAAAGUGGUCAGCACUGAACACCAGCUUAGCGACGAUGAGUUGCGCGAAAUAAACGAAAUCAAAGACCGGGUCCGAUCACGACUGCCGCAGUCGAGAGACGGAACCGAAAUACCGAUUCACGCUUAUGUCGAACCCGAUGUGGUGCCCGUCGGCCGAAUCAGUUUGAUUCGGUCGCUUGAUUUUAUCGGCAAACAUAGCAAAUAUCCGGAUCAGUACGACGCGGCCACCAUUGCCGCACAGCAUCGGCUACGCCAGCAGGACGUCACUGAUGUCCUCAACUAUUUCAAACCGUUCUAUCGGGUGGACAAAGAUGCCGAUCCCGAGAUAGAGUCCAGCAAAGUAUUAGGUUUAACCAAAAAUCAUUUGAAAGAUAUUGUCAACUAUUUGAAACCAAAAAACGCUGAUACGAUAGCCGAACAAAUUACUGGUGACAGUAGUAGUAGUAGCAGUGGUGGUACGUCUAAUAYCACCCAUAAGGCUACCACCAAUUAUGCAGAGACUACCGGUGCCAAUGAGACUGACCGAAGUCAACCGUCAUUACCCGUAGAGAAUAAAAAUAAUAAUAAUAAUAGCAAACAAAAAGUUUGAUGAUAUUAAAAGUGUCACAAAUGAUAGCCAACAGCAAUAAAAAAAAAAUAA